AUGUCGGGGCCUAGAAAAAUUCAAGAACUGACAGGCUCAUCAUCUAGGCGACUCUCAAUAGCUAAACUAGCUAGAUCACCUAUUUCGGAAUCACCAAUUACUUCGCCGUCAAUUAGAAAUGGAAUACACUCUCAUUCGUUUACUGCUAAUUCUCCGUUUUUGAAAGAAGAUUCUUCAAGAAAUUAUAAUGAAUGUAUAGAAUCUUCAUCGUCUAAGUCAUCGAGUAAAUAUAAUGGUAGUGAAGUGUUCCAUAGUGGAAAUGAGGUUGCUGAUAUUCCAACCCUGAAUGGAGUGGAAACAGAUUUCUCUACAGGGAUGGAUGAUCCUAAGAUUAUAAAGCAAGUCCAUAAGCAUUUAAAAGAUCAAAAAGUGAAUGCGUUGCAAAUGGAGGGAGGUGAUAUUACUAGAGAUUUAUAUAAAAUAGCGGAUCAGGAAUAUAGGCCCAAAGCUCCAAAACGUUCUCGUAGUUUGUCAUCAUCCGAAAUGGAAACCCGAAGAAGAGGGUCGACUGCUAGCUCGCUUAAUGUUCCUGGUGGUUUUAGAAGACAAUUUAUUAUGAACAAUACCCUUAGAACCAGGAAUCCAAAUUUUUUAACCAAAAAUUUCGUUGAAUUCUUGAGUAUUUAUGGACAUUUUGCGGGUGAAGAUUUAGAGGAUCAAAAUGAUUUAAUAGCAUGUCAUUAUAAGGCACAUAUACCCAAUUUUGAUGACAGUAUUGAUGAAGAAUCAUUAUUGUUGCCUAAUCAAGAAUCUGUAAAGAUUAAUGCAAAGGGUACUGCUACUGAUAAGAAGGCUUAUUUCCUAUUAUUGAAGGCAUUCAUUGGCACUGGUGUGUUAUUUUUACCUAAAGCAUUUUCAAACGGUGGUUUAAUGUUCUCAUCACUUGUUUUAGCGUUCUUUGGAUUAUUAUCCUUUUGGUGUUAUUUGAUUUUGAUUCACGCUAAAUUAGCCACUAAAGUAUCAAGUUUUGGUGAUAUUGGGCUAAAAUUGUAUGGCAAAUGGUUGCAGCAAUUGAUUUUAACUUCAAUUAUCAUCUCUCAGAUUGGAUUUGUUGCUGCUUAUAUUGUUUUCACUUCAGAGAAUUUAAAAGCUUUUGUUGGAAGUGUGACUAGUAUUAACACUAGCGAUAUCCAUAUCAUGUACUUUAUUUUAAUUCAAUUGAUCAUUUUUUUGCCGCUUUCGUUGAUUAGAGAUAUAACUAAAUUAUCAUUACUGGCAUUGUUGGCAAACAUAUUUAUUCUUAUUGGAUUGGUGACUAUAUUGUACUACAGCUUUUAUGAGCUAUUGUUUUUAAACCACGGGGCAUUUGGUAAGGACAUUGAAUUCUUUUUCAAUAAAGAAAGCUUUUCUUUAUUCAUAGGUGUCUCUAUAUUUGCGUUUGAAGGUAUAGGCUUAAUUAUUCCCAUUCAAGAAUCAAUGAUCUACCCGAAUAACUUUCCAAGGGUAUUGUUUCUGGUGAUUGCAACUAUCUCGACAAUCUUCAUUGGGAUUGGUUCUUUGGGUUAUCUCACCUUUGGUAAGUAUGUGAAGACAGUGAUCAUAUUAAAUUUACCGCAAGAUUCUCCAUUCGUUAUUAUGGUUCAAUUGUUAUAUGCAUUUGCUAUUUUACUUUCGACGCCAUUGCAAUUGUUCCCAGCAAUCAGAUUAGUAGAACUGAAAUUGUUCACAAAAACUGGGAAAUAUUCAUUAAGAGUAAAAUGGCUAAAGAAUUUCUUUAGAUUUGGUUUUGUCUUACUCACAGCUGUAGUGGCUUUGGUGGGUGGUCAAAACUUAGAUAGAUUUGUUUCUUUUGUAGGAUGUUUUGCAUGUAUCCCACUUGUUUAUAUGUACCCCCCUAUUUUACAUUUGAAGAGUUGUUGCAAAUACAGCGAUACUUUUAAUCAAGCUGAAAAUAGAAAGAGGUUUUGGUUGGGGUGCUUGGAUUGUAUUCUAGUUGUGAUUGGUGGUGUUGCAAUGAUAUAUACUACAUAUCAGAUUGUGGUAGGUUGA